AUGGGCGACGCGACCUCUCUCCCAGCGGCUCCUAUGGCCUCUGAGGACGAACGAGCAGCGCUCGCAUCAAGAACAAUUCCUACAAUGAGUCUCUCUACAGCCGAGAAUCCUCUCACGGCGCCGCUCCCGCCUGUAUCAUCGACAUCCCCGGCCGAACGCGCCGCUGCUCGAUUUCGCACGGAAGGAAGUGCCAUCCUAACCGGCGGCGCAGGGACUUUGGCACUAGCAUCAGCCCGCGCAUUACUUGAACACGGCAUCUCAGGUCUAACUCUCAUGGAUCUACCGUCUACCAUUGAGAGUUCGAAAUCCGAGAUUGCCACUCUACGAGCCGAGUUCCCUCAAGUGGGCAUCCACACAGUCCCUGUGGACGUCACUUCAGAGAGCGAGGUGGACGUCGCCUUCAACCAGGCCCGGGACCUGAUGGGUAGCAUCGACAUCCUAUGCUGUUUCGCCGGCAUUGUCGGCUGUGUGCAUUCUCUGUCCGCAACGGCGAACCAGUUCCGCAGAGUCGUCGACGUGAAUUUGACCGGUUCGUUUCUCUGCGCCCAAGCCGCUGCAAGGCACAUGGCCGAAGCGAAGAGCGGCGGCUCUAUCCUGUUCACGGCCUCCAUCUCCGCUCAUUCGACAAACUACCCGCAACCGCAGGCUGCAUACAAUGUGAGCAAGGCGGGCGUGGCGCAUCUGACACGCAACUUGGCUGCGGAAUGGGCUGUCCAUGGUAUCCGUGUGAACUCUGUCUCGCCGGGAUAUAUGGAUACGGUGCUCAAUGCGGGAGAUAAUCUGAAGCCUGUCCGCGAUAUUUGGGCGAGUCGGUGUCCGAUGGGGCGAAUGGGACAUAUUGAAGAGAUCACAGGGCCGGUAGUGCUCUUGAGCAGUAAGAGGGCGGGGAGGUAUAUUACCGGAGCUGAUUUGAUGGUCGAUGGCGGUGCAUUGUGUUUCUAG